AUGAAUCAGUCCAACCCGUUCGGUAGUCCCCGCGGAGCUUUCCAAGCCCCAAACAGCUCCACGAAGCCCAGCCUGUUUCAGACGUUUGGACCUCAGAGUUCCGAAACUCCGAGCCAGAAUUUUGGCUUUUUUCAACAACCUGCUUUCGGACAGACGAACCCGCCUGCAGCACAUAGUGGUUCCAUAUUCGGACAGCCCACGAUGAGCACGGCUCCAGCGUUUGGACAACCGCCUCUCGGAAAGGGAGGCUCUGGGUUUGUUAGCAGCACAGCACUGGCGUUUGGACAGACCAGUGGUCCGAAUCCAAUUUCAACUUUUGGACAGGCCGGACAGAACCAGACUCCAGCUUUUGGACAAACCAGUGGACAGAACCAGACUCCAGCUUUUGGACAAACCAGUGGACAGAACCAGACUCCAGCUUUUGGACAGACUGGUGGACAGAACCAGACUAAAACUUUUGGACAGGCUAGUGGGCCGAACCAGAAUCCUUUUGGGCAGACACCUGUCUUUGGACUGCCUUCUGCAUUUGGACCAGCUUCAGGGUUUGGUAAGCCUCCACCGACUUACGGGGACUCUCAGACAUCUGCCAGCUCCACCGUUAAUUUUGGACAACUUCCAUUUGGACAGCCGUCCUCCACCACUGUUUUUGGAGGUUCUCAGAAUGUGACCCAAAGCAGAAAACAUGGAUUGUCUGAGUUCUGUUUUAAGCCAGCCAACGAGGCUGUUUUUAAACCCAUCUUCAGUGCUAGCCCAGAAUCAGCUAACCUUCCAAUUACUACAAUGUCCAACUCAUCUUUUGGUGGCAGUGGGUCCAAGACCAAUUCCCGUGGCUUUCCUGUGUUGGCUGGGGCCAAGUCUGGACCUCUGGGCUUCAGAUUCACACAGCCUGCAGCGCUGUCUGUUUCCUCUCUAAACAACCCACAAACAAUGACCACUAGCACUGGUGCAACCAACUCUCCUUCAUUUGUCUUCUCCCAGCCAGCUUCCCCAUCCAGCUCAAACACUUCAUCUUCCACUGCAGAACCCACGACCCCAUCGUCCUUCAGCUUCACAGCCAAAACCCUCCAGGCUCAGCCCGCACCUUUCUUAGGAGCAACGAGUUUUGGUCAACCUCCAACCUUUCGAGACAACACAGCUAAAGUUGAGAGUAGCUCAGAUAACAAAGAAAGCAACUUUAUUGGUAAAGAGGAGGGAAACAUUUUUGCUCGACUUGGCAAGGCCCCCAAGAGGAAAGAUGAUGCAAUGGUCUCGAGCUUGGCUGUAGAGAAGCCAUCAGCAGAAGACGACGCCUCAUCUGAAAGAGAUUCACCACGGCAUCCCUCAAAGAGGCCUCUGAUCCGGUCCCGUGGCCAUCCCGGAGGCCUGUUCAGUAGAGCGCUCAAAAGCAUCUGUGGAGAUCAAGCAAACGUAGUAAAACGGGACACCACGAAGGAGACCCAGAAGCUGGCACCAAACGAAGAGGGUGAAGAAACUCGAGGUGUUGGGCAACCUGCGGCACCUCCCAUGAAACAGACGUUACUGAGAGAUGCCGUGGAAAAGGCUGAAGCUUCAGAUUCAAGCGUAACUCGGAGUGCAGAAUCCGAGGCGCUGACCCCUGUGACCUGCGGUCCACGCAGGGACAGUCUGGACAGCCUGAGCGGCAUGUCCCCACAUGACUUCACCUCCAUCAUGUGCAGAAACGUGCCUCGGGCUCUCAACAAAAAGGACGUGCUUGAGAAGCAUUUUAGUCGUUUUGGGAAAGUCUGUAGGAUCUUCUGUCGACCUGCUAAAGAUGUGGCAAUAGUUCACUUUGAUGAUCAUACUACAGCGGUGAAAGCAAAGAAGAAAGGAAAAAUGCUGCACCGACACGAGCUGCUGCUCCUGUGGCAAAAAAAGAAGCAAAGUCCGGAUGAAACCGGGAGAACACCUGAUGGAGGACAGAAAGAAGCUGAAGCGAUUAAUCAGGAAGUCAUGGAGUCCAAGGCUGCUUCUUCCCCACUCAGGAAGCCCACACUGAUGCCCCCCGCCCUUAGCGGCUCCAUCGUGCUCCGUCACAGCUCUCCAAAGAAGAAACCUUAUCCAGUCAAGCUCCUGCAGUUUGACACAGAGCCACCGAAGGACAGCACUUCUGAGUCCCAAAGCUCAGGCUGUCCCGUGCCUUCGUCUCUUGUUCACCUCCUCGGUCAGACGGCUGAGACCGCUGAGGACAAGUAUCGUCUCCUGGAGCAAAGAGACAAGAUCCUCCGUCAAGUUCGGCCCAAGCGCACAGAUCUGGAUUUGUCAAAAGUCUUUGUGGGGACAUGUCCCGACAUGUGUCCAGAGAAGGAACGGUACAUGAGGGAAACCCGGAACCAGCUGAGUGUGUUCGAGGUCAUCCCAGAAACAGAAAUGGUGGAUCACGCCGCUGCUAUAAAGGAGUACAGUCGCUCCUCGGCAGACCAAGAGGAGCCCCUCCCGCACGAGCUGCGUCCCCUGCCUGUGCUGAGCAUGACCAUGGACUACCUGGUGACUCAGAUCAUGGAUGAGGUGCAGAACAACUACCGUGACUGGUAUGACUUUGUGUGGAAUAGAACACGAGGGAUUCGCAAGGACAUCACCCAGCAGCGUCUCUGUUGUCCCCAAACGGUGUCACUGAUAGAGAAGUGCACACGCUUCCACGUGCACUGCGCCCACCAGCUCUGUGAGCAGCCCAUGUUGUCUUUUGAUGCUAAAAUCAACAAUGAGAACAUGACGAAGUGCCUGCAGAGUCUCAAAGAAAUGUACCAUGACCUGGCAGCUGAGCAGAUCUUCUGCCCCCAAGAGGCCGAGUUCCGCCAGUACAGCGUUCUGCUGAGGCUCAACGAUGGAGACGUCCUCAGAGAGGUGCAGCAGUUCCGAGGGGAGGUGCGAAACUCACCGGAGGUGACGUUUGCAGUUCAAGCGUUCGCUGCCGUCAACAGCAACAACUUUGUUCGCUUCUUCAAGCUGGUGAAGAGAGCUUCUUAUCUCUCCAGCUGCCUCCUGCACAGAUACUUCAGCCAGGUCAGAGCGAAGGCACUGAAGGCCCUGAACAUGGCUCACACUGUGGGUCCUCGAUCUACCGCAUUCCCGAUAGAGGAUGUUGUCCGGAUGUUGAUGUUCCGAGAUGCAACUGAAGGGACCGACUUCGUGCAGCAGUACGGGCUCGUGGUCAACGACGGGAUGGUGGAACUGAGCCGGAUAGCUUUUCAGGAGCCAGAACUGCCCCGGUCUCAGAAGAUGUCAGAGGUCAUUCUCUCUAAGAAGACGGUAUUAACUGGACAGGUGGUGAAUGGAGGCCCCCUCCCCAACCCCCCGCAGCACACCCCCAUCUGUAGCUUUGACUCUCAGAAUAAAUACAGUGGAGAUGGGAAGCUGGCUGAGUCCACAUCCAGCUACAUUAAAGGCAGCAGCGCGGACGCUCCAGCCCUACCAGCUGUUGAUCUGUCCACUCAGCUUGGUCCAGAUGUUUCUGCAGUGUUUGAGCCGCUUCCCGCUGUUCCAGAUGAACCAAGACAACCGUAUCACCCUGAGGCCUCGCAGUUCCAGCAUGAGCCUGUCGAACCUCCAUCGCCCCCACCCAAACCUCCUCAGCCGCUGUACAGCGACGAGGACAUGGUGGCAGCGAUGGACUCUGUUCUAGACGAAGUGGUUGAAGCAGAGGUGAAAGCUGUAGCUGAUGCUGGAGCAAGCUACGUCACAGAGGCUCUCUCGGAGAGCAGCGUGCAGGUGGAGGCUCUGGUGAGGGAGGUGCUGGGACAGAUGUUGCAGGACAUAUCGUCCAACGAGAUCAAAAUGGAACAAGAGCGUGUCGUUGAGGAGAAACGCAGACUUGAAGUGGCAAGGAGGAGGCAGGAGCACGAGGCAUUUCUGGCUCAGUUCAGCUGUUGGCUCUGCACACAGAUCAUCCAUGAAGUGCUGGAUGAGACCAUACAGCAGUCCGCAGCGUCUCAGAUCCAGGAGGCGGUGAACGAGGAAGCGGAACGUUUGGCUCAAUGCUCUGAGCAGGUCUGCUGCAGUCUAAUGGAGGAGACGUUGGCUACAGCCAUUUCUCUGCUGGCUGAAGACUUCCUCGAAGCUGAGCUGGAACGUAUCCACAAAUACAUCAAAAGGUGGCGUGAUGUGGUUACCGUUCGCCGCCAGCUGAAGAGACAGAUGAGAGAGUUCCCUGCAGCUCCUUGCUGCGUUGAUCCCCGUUUUAAACUGAAGGCCCUGGUUCCCAGCGCUCCUGCUCAGCCCUCCAUACAGGAUCUGGCUCAAGGUCUGGUCCGACUGGGAAACGCUGGCGUGUUGGCAGUGUCCAGCACCAAGUUGUUGAGGAUGAGAGAAGGAGCAAUGCAUCAGAUGAGAGUCCACUCCUUCUAUCAGCAGCUGCUGGAAGAGGCAGUGUGGGAACCACUUGAUCUGCCAGCACUUGUGACAGAAAAUAUCCCAAACCCACCUGAUCGCAUCUUCUGGAAAGCUCUGGUCCUCCUGCCUAGCGAUGAUGAAAGUGUAGCCAGCCUGGCCGACAGGGUUCUAUCAGACUGGAUGGAGGUGAAACUCGGAGGAGAUGGAGGCUUGGAGGAGCCGCGGGACGGCACCAUGAGGACACUUUGUGUCUCCAACACACUGCAGGAGAAUGGACAGAGAACUCAUAAAGUCCACAUCACAUUGAAGGCGUGUCGAGGUCCGCUGUCCGAACCCGGCUUGUCCAGAUUGGAGGAGUUCCCUGAGCUUCAGGGCACAAAAGCCAUCAUCAUGCUGCUUCCCGCUCAGCCGGUAGUGGAAGUGGGUCAGGAGGACCGGGAUGUUCCUCUGCUGUCUGCUUUGCUUCAGCUUAAACAGCUGCAGCAAGCCAGCAGCUGGUUCUGUCCUCUGCCUCUGGUGCUUCUGGUACCGGGCUGCCAAGAUGCCAGUGUAGCUCCCGACCUGGAGGAAGCCUUGAAGCUACGCACGCUGGUUAAAGAGGAGCUAAUAUCGGAGUACAUGCUGUUCUUCAUACCAGAGACAACAAAUGAUCUGCAGGGAUCCAAACAGCUAACCCAGGCUGUACGCUGGUUGCUGCCUCGUGCUCCACCACACUUCCCGUUCCGUUGUCAAACCCUGGCGCAGCUGAUCGAGGCCAGUUUGAGUCGUGAGUUCUGUCCCAGAGUUUACGCCAACCGUCAGAACCGAGCCGCUGCACAGCUUCUGCUCCAGGAGCCGGCGCCCGUCAUCCAGCUGUACAACGCCGUCCUGGAUCACGUCGCUAAUACCGUGGCCUCCCAGGAUCUCUGCAGACUGUCAUGGCCUCCCGCUGAGUUCAGUCUGCCUGAAACCAGGGAGUUUGUGCCUCACCUGGGCUGGAAUUCUGUUCAACACCUGGCCUGGCUGCGUGAAGCCAUCCUCAGCUUGCAGUUACCUGAGUGGGAGGAGCUUCCAGCAACAGACAUGUGGUCGGAUCUGUGCUCCUCCAUCUUUUGUUACGCCUCUAAAAUCACCACGUCCCGUCGUAGUCAACCUGUCCUCGUGUCACACCUGAUGAACCUGUUUGAACGAGUCAGAGUAAAGGCUCAGCGAGCCCAAGCCUCCAAAACCAAGGGAAGGUGUGGAAAUGCCGACUACGAUGCUUUCAGCCAGGUUCCAUGGGAUGAUGUGGUGUUGGUCUUUGUAGACCAUAAACUGAAGGACUGGCUGCUGCCAGGACCACCGGUCUGUGAAGAUGCUGUGACAGAUGAUGGAGAGAUCCUGGUUUACUUCCCUGAAGGUUCACUAGAAGGUUUCCAACCACCUGAGGGGUGGACACGGGCCGUUGAGCAAACACACAUGGAGGAGAAGCAGAGGCAGAGGCAUGGGGAUGCUGAAGCUGCCCAUGCUCCGCCGGCUGGUCCGACUCUCAGACAGAGGUUGUUCCACAGUUUGGUGGAGCCUGCGGAGUCAUCCCCCACUCCUCUGGACAUCACACACACCCCCACAACAGAAGAGCAGCUGGCUCACAAAGUCCUUCAGAACAUGGAGCGUGAACGGGCCGAGAGCAGGAGGAGCAUGGAGAAGCUGCAGCAGUGGGUGACUGGCGAGCCGUUGGAUCAUCUGUCCACGCCGCUUUUCAUUCCGUCCUCCAUCCUGCUGUCCACACCGGCAACCAUAAGGUGUACGCCCACAGGCAAGACUGGACCGGCUGCUCUCACUCAGAGGUCAGAGCGUAAUGAGCAUUUGGAUGGAGCAACUUGGUCCGGGACUCGUCCCGUGUCUCUGACAUGGAGACUGAAGGAUCUGGAGAGACAGAUGUCCUCGAGUCAAGAGGAAGAGCUGGCCUGCAGAAGGAAGCUGAGAGGUCUUCUGAGCAUCGUGCAUGACUGAUGGGACUCCUGUGGUUUUUAUUCAGCCCUGCAGUCCCACACAUAUUCUAAACAACAACGAAACUUCUCUGCCUUUAAAGAAGGACUUUCUCAUCAGACUGUGUGUGUGGAUGUUAAAUGUUUGUACCAAUAUGAGAAAGUUCUGGUUUUACAGGAAAAUUUUGUCUUUUCAUUUAAAACUUUUUGUCUCGAGUUUUAAAGAUGCUGAAUUAAAAAUAAAACUCUA